AUGUCUUUCUACAUAAUACUGUUACAAUGUCUACUUAUUCUUCUCCUAACUUAUUUCUAUUUUAAACGACGUUAUUAUACAAAAUUGCAUGUCACAAUACCCGGUUAUGAACCCGAAUUUCUAAUCGGAAGUAUACGAAAGGUUGGUCUGUUGAAAGGUCUCUCGUUAUGGGAUGCGUUUCGUAACCAACAAGAAAAAUUUGGUGAUCUAUGCCAGAUGUGGUUAGGUGCAUGGUCUUACACAGUUUUUUGUCGUCCUGAAGAUGCUGAAUAUAUACUAUCGACAAAUCGUAAAAAUUACGAGAAUACACGAGCAACCGAAGAACAAUUUGAACUUCUGUUUCCCACAGCCGUUAUCAUACAACGUGGUUUAGAUCAUAAACGAAUUAGUCGAAUUAUAUUGCCACUGCUACGAAAGUAUCGUAUUGUUCCUUAUAUGAACAAUAUUAUUGAACAGACAGAUAAAAAUUUGAACGUAUGGAAAAAGAUAUACGGACGGAGUGAGUCUGAGAAAAUUAAUCGUAACAUCAUAAAGGAUUAUAGCAGUUUAGCUAUGGAAAUUAUUGGUAUCAUUGCAUUUGAUCAUAAUUUUAAGUUAAUUAAUAAACCGUUAGAAUCUGCAUCAGAAAAGAUUGAUCAGAAAAAGAUGACACUCGGUGUAGCUACAGCAAAUUUAACACAGGCAGUUACGGAUAUGGUCCUCACACCUUUACCAGGAUUUUUAAAACGUUUAAAAUCGACAUUAUUUUCAU